CAUCGCUAUCGCCAUCAGCGACAAUAUUUUUGCAAUGAGCAGGAGUCUACGUCGCGGGAAAGAUAAAUUUCAAGAACCACCCAAGGGCUGCAGGUGCUCAGCUUUAAAAAAUCAAGAGUAACUCGGGGACACCGGAGCCGCAGUGCUGCGCUCCAAUAGCGUUGUAAUGACAUCGAACAAAAGACCAAAGGCGCAUCCCACCGAGGACUACUCAAAGGACCAAGCGAAAAGGGAAAUCCCAAUUCUACUACCCCAAGAUGAACGCCAUCGCACGUACAAGGUUGCUGUAGCGAUGGCAAUGAUCCGUUCCAAGCCAGACAAUGUUUCGGCCGACGAUUACGUCAGAAAACUCGCGGAAGACUUGAGAAACAGUGAAGCCAGACUAUCGGACGUAUGCAAAAGCCUCGAAGACGAUGUGAUCCAUUUGCGGCAGAAAAUCGCGUUGAUGAGCGUCAGAGGCGGCAUUCGUUCUGAACCACUCGCCUUUCGUCGUGAAUCGUGGAAGAACUCUACGGAGAAGCUUUCAAUCACAGCAGAACGCAUCGGUCAGCACUGGGUGUUCUUGGAAAAUUACCUGUCAGUCGCGUCCAAUGCAGCGCUUUUCGACCAGGGAGGCGUCACUGAUGUCGAAGAAUUGACGCUUCGCUCUGCAAACAACCUCCUGCGGACGUUACGCAAGAGCGCACCGAUCGGAUUCGUCGAAAUGGAGCUGAGCAAUAAGGCACUGUCUACUUUGGCAGAUAUGUGCGACGAUCGACGCAGUGCUGUAGCGCCUUCUCUCCGCGCAGCUGUAGUGGGUUUUGUCACCGACAGUGUGAACGAAAUCGUGGAGCAAGAUGCCAUCGACUACAGGCGCCUGGAAAAUAUUGCAAGCUGGGUGGGAAGCCUUGCCAGUGGGCAAGCUUUCACGCUUGCCAUCACCAGACAUCUUCUGGACAAGCUGCUUCAGUUUGCAAGCUUCAUUGGCACGCUACAGGAAGACCAGCAAGGCCCAGAAGCAGAGCACUUUGACCGUUCAUUCUUUCUGCUACAGUGUACGGAAAAUGCUGUUGCAUCACUAAAACAAGUUUCGCCCCUCGAUUGCUGUGAGCUCUCUGAAACGGCAAAAGCGUUGGCGGACUUUUCAUUCAAAUGCCAGGAGACGCAGCCACUGUUUGCAGGUUACCUAUACGAGGUUGUAAGAGGGCUGAAAAAGAGCUUGACUAGUCGCGAGACCAAUAAGCAACGAGUGAAAAAAAUCGUACCAUUAGUGAGAAACAGAAUUGUUCUAGAUAACACAGCUGUUGACACCUGUGUGACACUAUGCAAUCUUAAGAUGCCCUAAACGCAUCUUAAUCCAAAUGCAAUUUCAGUGACGAGAACAGACACAAAGCGAAAGGUGUGUAAUAAAUUAGAUUUAUUCAAACGUACCUCUCUCAUGAAAUGCGUAUAUACAUGUAACAGUCUCGUCAAUUCCGCACUCUGUCUGCAUACCUUGUGCAGAGAAAAAAAAAAGUAUUAUUCUGGUCUCUCUUUUUUUGGUUACUCUAGUGCACAACACUGACCUUGACAAAGCCAAGCACUCCGAAAUUUGAGCUUGGAAUGCAAACAUGUCAAGUGCAUAAAACCACAAAUGUAGGUCAACUAAAUAACUAUGGCUUGAGGAUAAAAAAAGAAAAGAAAUGAACACUUGGCUAAUAAGGCCAGCGAUGUACCACUUGUCAACAGCGAUUGAUCACAUGGCAUGAAGUAUACGAAAUCAUAGUAUUUGUGAGUCAGCAUGGACUAGAUCAAGGCACACUGUCCCACCAGAGAGGGCAAGUCCGUCGUAAAUGUUUGAAAGAGCAGCUUAGACAUGACAGAAAGCUGCACUUAACAGGGUUAAUCACUGAAGCAGCAAAACCAGAACAAGUGCAUAGUAACUUUGAGACCAGCUCGAGCCUAACACAGAACAUUAGACUAGCUCGAAACUAAGCGAGAACAAUGGCAAUGGAAAAAAGAAAAUGGAAUUCACUGCAUCUCUCAGUUUCUGUCUACCCAACAGCAUUGCGAGAGUGCAAAGAAAUAAAAAAAAAAAGAGAAA